AUGGAAAAUGAUGGCUGGCUCGUAAAUGUUGCAGUGAUAGUUGAUCCCUCAGUUAGGCGAAUAAUAGCUAGUGAAACUGAUCAAGUAUAUGCAUCGUCUGCUUCUCGCGACAACACUAGCACAGAGACUAGGCCCUUCAAGGAAAGGGGGGAAAUAUGCUUAAAUGACACACUUGAAAAACAGAAUGGUACAUUGUCUACUGUUGCUUGUCUGAAUCCCUGGCAAUGGACUUUACAGCCGCAUGACACUGAAAAUUGUAGCCAGUGGCAUCCUCUUAGGCAUGCUUCCAUGGUUGCCAUUGAAUCUUCUUCUGCCAGAGAUAGACAUCUGUUUCCCAAUUCAUCCGAGAUUUUUGGUCAGGAUCAUGUUCAUCCCUCAAAUAUGGAUUCUCCAGCUAAAAAGCAGAAAACAAGCAGUCAGAGUCCACACGUCCAAAUUGACAGCAGAGAAGAAACUCUUAGAGAUCCUUCAAUGGAAAGGCCGUACCUCUGCACUGGUUAUGACAUUUUCCUCCUGUUGGAGCCUUGUACAAUGUGUGCUAUGGCGCUUGUGCAUCAAAGAAUAAAGCGGAUUUUCUAUGCUAUUCCAAACCCUACGGCAGGCGGUCUCGGGAGUGUUCAUAGACUUCAAGGAGAAAAGAGUUUGAACCAUCAUUAUGCAGUGUUUAGAGUUUUGCUGCCUGAUGACGCCUUGUUCUACUUCAAGCUUAAUCCAACAUUCUCCNAGCCGCAUGACACUGAAAAUUGUAGCCUGUGGCAUCCUCUUAGGCAUGCUUCCAUGGUUGCCAUUGAAUCUUCUUCUGCCAGAGAUAGACAUCUGUUUCCCAAUUCAUCCGAGAUUUUUGGUCAGGAUCAUGUUCAGCCUUCAAAUAUGGAUUCUCCGGCUAAAAAGCAGAAAACAAGCAGUCAGAGUCCAGACGUCCAAAUUGACAGCGGAGAAGAGACUCUUAGAGAUCCUUCAAUGGAAAGGCCAUACCUCUGCACUGGUUAUGACAUUUUCCUCCUGUUGGAGCCUUGUACAAUGUGUGCUAUGGCGCUUGUGCAUCAAAGAAUAAAGCGGAUUUUCUAUGCUAUUCCAAACCCUACGGCAGGCGGUCUCGGGAGUGUUCAUAGACUUCAAGGAGAAAAGAGUUUGAACCAUCAUUAUGCAGUGUUUAGAGUUUUGCUGCCUGAUGACGCCUUGUUGUAG